AUGACUAACAAUACUACAUCCCGUUGCAGUGAUUAUCGUCUCACCACCAAUAGCCCUGCUUAUCCCCCCGCAACCCCUCUCUCUCGAUACUUCGACCCAGAUACAUCCGUCAUAUACCCGGAGGUCAUGGAGCCGCCCUUUCCAUCUAUUCCGGAAAUGGAAGAAGAUUAUUAUUCGGCGGAUGGAGUUGAAGAUGAAGGGGAAUGGGUCAAUGGGAUGGUGGAUUCGGUGGUGAAGUGGGUGGUGGAACAGCCUGGUGCCUUGGCUCUGGCUUGGUUGGAUCUAAUAAGCGCCACGAGCGGACUUGAUCGCGAAGAAGUUCAGUCGUUCAUUUUCGUCUAUCAUGUAAUCUACCGUUCAUAUGUAUCGCUGUAA